AUGUCUGAUAAUGUGUUAUUGGAGCGGUACCUAAAUGAUCACGAUCUGUCAGGUAUUUGCCCCGAACAGGCCAGAUACGCCGCGACCGGCCAUGCCGCCAAGGUGGUCGAUUUGGACGAUGAAAAAUCGGAGGAACCAGUGGUUCUUCCAGAGUAUGCUUGUGCCUAUUGCGGGAUUCAUGAGCCUACGUCUGUUGUGAAGUGUGAAACGUGUCAAAAAUGGUUUUGCAACUCAAAAACGAGCAAGUCGGGCUCGCAUAUCAUCUCCCAUCUUGUGCUCUCAAAACACCACUCCGUCAGUCUACACGAGGACUCGGAGUUGGGUGAAACGCCGCUGGAAUGUUACAGUUGUGGAAACAGCAAUCUUUUUGCGCUUGGAUUUGUUCCGGCCAAGGCGGAAAGCGUGGUGGUGAUUCUCUGCAGACUGCCGUGUGCGCAGGUGAAGGACGUGAGGUGGGAUACCAGCAGUUGGCAAUCGCUGAUUGAGGAUCGUCAAUUGCUUUCGUGGGUAGCCUCAGUGCCUUGGCAGGAUGAUGACCACAACUCCAGAGCAAUCACACCUGCUCAGAUAGCGAAACUGGAGGCCAAGUGGAAAUCCGACAGGGCUGCUACCUUGGCAGAUAUCAACGAGGACGAGGACGAGGACGAGAUUGUGCCUAUUCUGAUGAGAUACGAAGAUGCGUAUCAGUAUCAGCGUUCUUUUGCACCGCUGGUGAAGAAAGAAGCUGAUCAGGAUAAGCAGAUGGUGGAGUCUCUGGGGCUGGAACACCUCUCUGUGACCUGGGAAAUGGGCCUCAAUAAAAGGCAUCUGGCCUCGUUUGCAUUAUCUACAUUUGACAGUUCGGAUCUCAAGGUUGCCAUUGGAGAUGAGGUGGUGUUGAAAUAUACCGGAUCCGAGAUGGAGUACUGGGAGUGUGCCGGCUUCAUUGUGAAGAUCCCCAGCUCUGUAAGUGAAACCUUUACCAUGGAAUUGAUGCGCAACAAGCAGAAGCCUCCUACUCAUUUGGAAACAGGCUUUUCUGCAAAGUUCGUGUGGAAAGGAAUACCCUUUGAUCGAAUGCAAGAGGCCCUCAAGUCGUUUGCAGUUGAUGGUGAAUCGCUAUCCACGUAUCUGUACCAUAAGCUCUUGGGCCACGAUGUCGUUCCCGUGGUAUUCGAUGUGGAACUUCCACACAAGUUCUCCAUUCCUGGAAUAGCUGAUCUGAACCUUUCACAAGUGAACGCGGUGAGAAACGUUCUGGAAAGACCUCUAUCGUUGAUUCAAGGACCUCCAGGAACCGGCAAAACGGUGACUUCAGCAACUAUUAUUUACCAUCUUUCGAAAAUCAAUAAGGAGCAAAUAUUGGUGUGUGCUCCUUCUAAUAUCGCUGUCGACCAUUUGACAGAAAAAAUUUCACUUCUUGGCCUGAAUGUGAUUCGUUUGGCAGCCAAAGCCAGGGAGGACGCAGAGUCUGACGUGGAUCAUCUCACACUUCACGAAUUGGUCAGGAAACAAGCUAAAGGCGAUCUAAAGAAGCUGAUUGCUCUCAAGUCUGAAAUUGGUGAACUUUCACACAACGAUCAGCAGAAAUACCGUGCUCUUUCAAGGAAGGCCGAGCUCAAGCUGUUGAGGAAAGCAGAUGUCAUCUGCACCACGUGUGUGGGAGCAGGUGCAAAGAUUCUGGACGGCUUUCGCUUCAAAACAGUGUUGAUAGACGAGAGUACUCAGGCGUCUGAGCCCGAGAUCCUUAUUCCUAUCGUCAAGGGUGCGAAACAGGUGGUCUUGGUGGGUGACCAUCAACAGCUGGGACCUGUUAUCGUUGACAAACAGGCUGGAGAAGCAGGUCUUCACCAAUCUCUUUUUGAAAGACUGAUUUUCCUGGGUCAAGUGCCCAUUCGUCUGGAGGUCCAGUACCGUAUGCACCCUGCUCUGAGUGAGUUUUCAAGUAACGUUUUCUACGAUGGAAGCUUGCAAAACGGGCUGAUAGCCGAAGAGAGAACGUUACCUAACUCGACGUUUAAUUGGCCCUCUCCUAGGACCCCAAUGAUGUUCUGGGCCAACUUCGGAAAGGAAGAAAUAUCAGGUACAGGUACCUCGUAUUUGAACAGAAUCGAGGCCAUGAACUGUGAGAAGAUUGUCACAAAGCUCUUCAGAGACGGUGUUAAGCCUAGUCAGAUUGGUAUCAUCACGCCAUAUGAGGGUCAGAGGGCCUAUGUUGUCCAGUACAUGAUGAUGAACGGAGCACUGGAGAACAGGGAGAAUUACAGAGAAGUGGAGGUGGCCUCUGUGGAUGCCUUCCAGGGAAGAGAGAAAGACUUCAUCAUUCUUUCGUGUGUCAGAGCCAAUGAGGAGAGAGCAAUUGGUUUCUUGAGUGACCCAAGACGUUUGAAUGUUGCUUUGACUCGUGCCAAAUUUGGCUUGGUUGUUCUGGGUAAUCCAAGAUCGCUCUCGAAAAACAGACUAUGGAACCAGUUACUGGUGCACUUCAGAGAAAAACUGUCGUUGGUAGAAGGUAACUUGGAUAAUCUUCAGCCAUGUCCUAUCAAACUGGGCAACAGUUCCAUGAUGAACUCGAAGACUCGCUGGAGACCAAAAAACACUGCUGUUUCGACCAACGACGAUGCCUCGGAGACAGGCAGCUUGGCUUCCUUCGUGGCAGAUGGGCUUUCGGCCAAUAGAAAUGGCGAUCAGAAUAAUUGGACUCCUCUUUUCAAACCAACAAGUGAACAGUGGCCUUCUUUAUCGCAGGCAGUUGGUGGUGAAGGCAUAAGUGCCUUGACUGAUUCCUUCAGCAAUGGUCUACAAUUCUGA